AUGAAACACUUUUUCUUAAAUGCGAUAAUGACGGAUAUUUAUACAUCUUCAGCUUCUGCAAAUAAUUUCAAAGCUAUGUGGUCAUUAGAUACAUCAAUACCAUAUCAAUCAGGAAAUGAAAUAAAUAAUUUUAAUCAAAAUAAUCUUUCAUAUUCAAAUGCAUUGGAUCCAUCACAUUUUUCAAAUCCUAAUAUUGUAGCAACUUUUGCACAACAACUUUCAACAAUUUCAACAAAUUAUUCUAAUUUUAAUCCAAAUUCUUCACUUUCCAGUAGUGCUGGUUCACCAUCUUCUUAUGCAUCAACAUCACCUCCAUCAACAGAUUCUUUAAAACCACUACUUCCAACACAACAACGAAAAAAAAAACCUCAACCAGUACCAGAUGAACAAAAAGAUUCAGCUUAUUUUGAGAGAAGAAAAAAAAAUAAUGAAUCAGCUCGUCGUAGUAGAGAACAACGAAAAUUGAAAGAAGAAAGUUCACAACAAAAAAUAUGUAUUCUUCAGGCAGAAAAUCAUAGAUUAAAAUAUGAACUUGCUGCUACGACAAAUCAAAUUGCAGCUUUAACAAAUGAAUUAAAUCAACUUAAAAAUAGUUUAGGUUUACAAGCUGCAGCAGCUGCUGCACAAAGUCUUGGACAACCAUUCAUGAUGUCUAAUUAA